CGUCGAGCUGUCAAAAUUUUUCUCUCCUUCUCUUUCUUUCCGGUUAGCGUCAUGCCUUUCGAGAGAUUCGUACAAACUGGUCGCAUAGCCAAGGCCGCCGCUGGCCCCUUGAAGGGCCGUCUGGUCGCCAUUGUCGACGUCAUUGAUCAAAACAGAGUUUUGGUCGAUGGGCCACUCACCGGUGUUCCCCGUCAGGAAUACAGAUUGAACAAUCUGCAUCUGACGAAAUACCGCCUCAAGUUCCCAUACACUGCACCCACACGCAUUGUGCGCAAAGUGUGGACUGAGAGCAACCUGAAGGCUCAGUGGAAGGAGAGCGCCUGGUCCGUCAAGGCACAAAACAUUUGCAAGCGCUCGCAAUUGAACGAUUUUGACCGCUUCAAGCUGCGCUAUGCCAAGCGUCAACGCAACAAGCUGCUGACCAUUGCCUUCAACACACUAAAGAAGCGCACCAAGGCUGAUGGUACCCCACGUAUCCUGAAGAAGGACAGACGCGAGCGUCUGCGCGCUGCAAAGGCCCAGGGUGGCAAGAAGGCUGCGGCUAAAAAGUAAAAAAUUUAUGGACAAAGUAACAACUUUUUGAUAAUGAUGAACAUCCAACAAAAAGGAGUAAAUAAAAGAAGUGUUAUUUUUAGGAAAAACACA